AGAGCUGCUGGCUUAGCCGCCCGUUUUACACCAGACCAGUACCUUCAAUUGAACGUUCCUUCCUGGGAAGCUGCAGCCUGUCAGUAUGGCUCAGGAGUUUGUGAACUGCAAGAUUCAGUCUGGGAAGGUGGUCGUGUUCAUCAAACCCACCUGCCCCUAUUGCAGAAAGACUCAAGAAAUCCUCAGUCAACUGCCUUUCAAACAUGGUCUUCUGGAAUUUGUGGACAUCACAGCUACUAACAACACCAAUGCGAUUCAAGAUUAUUUACAACAGCUCACCGGAGCAAGAACAGUUCCUCGGGUCUUCAUAGGUAAAGACUGCAUAGGCGGAUGCAGCGAUCUACUUUCCAUGCAACAGAAUGGGGAGCUGACAGCCCGGCUGAAGCAGAUUGGAGCUCUGCAGUUAUGAAAGGGGUGGUAGGUGAGGCUGGGGACAAAAACAUUCUGCUACCUUUUUU